CCCGUGACGACUUUAUCGCAUUUUCGAGAUCGAGGGAAUAAGGAAAAGCUAUCUUAGAGGAGGAAGGUACACGCUGUUGGACAGGAGGAUGUUGCAUUAAUAUUUAUACGGGAAAAGAGGGGCUGGCUACGGAGGCUGACGGGGGAUGAGAGGGAGCAGAAGAGGGACGAAAUGAAAUGCAAAUGCCUUAACGAGCCACUGAGGGACUGCUCGAGCACAUCCUAG